AUGCCGAUUCGAGCGUUGGUCGCAAGUGCCGCCAUUAUUACACUGACAAGGGCCGCUACCCGCUACGAGUAUGCAACAAUCGAUGUCGAAGAUUUUAAAAUCGGCGAAAGUGAGGACACGCCACGCAGUGUCAUUAUGAUGAUUCCUGACGGAACUGGCCCCAACGUCUUCACACUCGCCCGAACAGUGUUAGAUCCGACGUUGAAAACACGCCUCCAUAUUGACCCCCACCUUAUGGGGACAGUGCAAACCCACUCGUCAACAAGCUACAUCACGGAUUCAGCUUCGUCAGCAACAGCUUACUCGACGGGAUAUAAAACAUACGACCAGGCAAUCGCUGUGGAUACUUUUGAGCAACCUCUAGGCACAAUCUUGGAAGCCGCCAAGACUCGAGGCAUGGUAACUGGUAUGAUCGUGACCUGCCGUGUGACGCAUGCAACACCAGCUUCGUUCGCGGCUCACGUUCUUGAUCGGGAUUCUGAGGCCGACAUUGCAGCCCAGUAUGUUGCAAACAAAAACUUGGAUUUCUUGCUCGGUGGUGGUAAAAGAUACUUUAACGAUUCAAUGUUAGAGGAAUUGAGGUCGAACGGAUAUUCACUUUCGUACAAUUACCAAGAUUUACUCGAUUAUCAGUCGGCCAACGCUGCCACGGGUGCUCUUCGCCUGUUUGGUCUAUUCCAAGACGACCAUAUGAUGUACGAGGUUGAUCGACUUCGUGAACUUUCAUCAAGCAAUUCUACGGCUCGAAAUCCCAGUCUUCCCGAAAUGGUUGACAUCAUUCUAAGUCUUCUUCGCCAGAACGAGCAAGCCAAGAAGAACGCGGGAGCGACUCUAAUGAAUGAGCUCACGCCCAACCAACCGGCCCCCCAGCCACCACCGGUAUCGUCUCAAUCACGCGGUAUGGCUAUGCCAUACGCCACUUUUUCUACUACGGGCAGCAUGAAUGCCAAUGUUUUUAAUCUUGCCGCCGCGGAUCGAGCGAAAAGUUUUCAAGGAGCUCAUCGGGGCAGCGUGAAUCUGAGUACAACGAAAUACCAGUCACAUUCGCAUCAGUUGCAACAGGUGAAUGACUACCACGCUGGACCCUACGCGCCACCAAACUAUUCGUUACACAAAAGCCCACAUAACAAUCGAUCAACUGGUCACAACGGAGGCAAGUUCGAUUAUGCCGAUCAACAUUAUUCACCACAACCACCACCUCAACAACAGUCGUAUAUUGCACCAUUUGGGUAUCCGUCUUACACGCAAAAUUACGGCCCCUCUGGAGAUUACCAACAACACCAACAGCACCACCAGCAUCAACAACAGCAACAGCAACAACCUACGCAACAGCACCAACAAUAUCAUGGCGGUUACAAUCAGGUUGAGGCAAAUCCUUUGGGCAUGUUGGUAACAUCUGCGACGAACGCACAGGCAUCUACUGAUGCAAUGCCUCAUGAACCAGUCAAUAUUGGAUUGAAAGACGGUGGUCAUCGCAAAUAUCGUCAGUCCUAUAAUGUUAUGCCAAAUGAUUCGUUUUUAAGCUCCAGUGGUGGCUACGUGCAUGGAGUUGAGCGUCCUGGAAAUGUGGUUCAGAUAAAAACGACUCCGAGCAAUACACAACAGUCGAUGUAUCAGCGGUCAAACUUGUUUGGCAACACGGCAUAUUUCUCGCAGCAACAGGUGCAGCAACAGCAACGCACGCAAGAGUCGACGCGACAGCAUAAUUCGCUGAACCUCGGCUCUUCCAAUUCCAGUUAUGAGGCAAAUGGAAAUGAAUCUUCUAGUAUGGGGAGGAGCAUGAACAGCAGUAUUGGGGGAAUGUUUAGUGCUGGAUCGCGCAUCCCCCAGUUCAGUACAAAUGCUUCGGGUCCUUCCUUAACGACGCGGCUAAAAGACGGAGAUGUGGAUAUUUCGACAGGAUCUUCAUCUAAUGCGAGCUCGACAACCUCCAUGUCAAUGGAGGGCCUGUCUUCCGACGGCUCAGCUUCUACAUCUGUCAACGCAAAUGUAUUGUACCCACCAUCAUUAGCCCCGCCAUCAUCGCAACUUAGCACAAGUGGCGAAGACACUUGCGGUUUGUGCAGUGGCGCUCAUAGUGACAGGAUCGCAGAUCAUUGUGGUCAUCGCUUCCAUGGUCAAUGCUUGCACUCAUGGGGAGGACUCACAACGUGCCCAAUAUGUGCACAGGUAUCAAACACGAUCACAGGACUUUCGCAAAAUGCCAGUGGCACUGGCUAUGGUCUUGCAGGAGACAACAUCACGAUAGCACAGAAUUCGAUAGGAGAAUUGCCGAUAAAUAGUGGUAAUUCCCUCACCAACACGAACACCGGCAGCAAUUCGGUUUCUAUAUCGCACCAUUCAUUGGGUCCGUCGCAAAUGACAAAUAUUAACAUCUUGCAAGUAAAUAGUGGAGGACGGCCACCUCCGAUUGACACGCGCAUCAGUGAUACCCAUGUCGGCCCAACUUCAUUGAGUGGUGGGAAACGCAGUGUGACUUCGACUCGCUCGGGAUCCAGUAGUAGCGGACGUAUACGCAAAAACAAGAAAUUGAAAGACUGCUCGGUGCCAGGAUGUGAUCGCACAGUUCGUUCGCGUGGUUUAUGCAAAGGCCACGGAGGAGGUCGUCGCUGUGGGUUUACUGGUUGUGGACUAAGCGACCAAGGAGGUGGUUUUUGCAUCAGUCACGGAGGUGGUAAGCGUUGCCAACAUGACGGGUGUGAUAACUCAGCUCAGUCACGUGGAUUAUGCAAGCUGCACGGUGGGGGUAGUCGCUGCACAGUUCCAAAUUGUACAAAAAGCUCCCAAGGACGCGGAUUGUGUCGUGCACACGGUGGUGGUCGUCGUUGUAUGGUUGAAGGGUGCAAUAAGACAGAUCGACGUGCUGGAUAUUGUGUUACUCAUGGUGCUGAUAAGAAAUGUAUCAUUGCAGAGUGCUCCAAAACUGGUCGCAUUGAUAAUAUGUGUACUAAACACUAUUUCGAACGCCACCCUGCACAACCACCAGGAACUGUUAGCACGACUCCCCCCCCAGUCAUUACGGUAAAUGCUAACACCAGCGCAGCGAGAGCUCGUGCUGAGCGAAAGCGCGCGGCUGAACAACAAGCCGUAGCUGCCCAUUACGCGGGUAUGUCUUCUGCCAUGCUCGGAUCCAUCCCAAAUACGUCGUUCGAUGAGCGGGUUGGUGGAGCGAUGACCAAAACAGCACCAUUUUAG